UGCCAACAGAUUUCGAUUUGCCGUUCAGUUCAGUUCGCUUUCGCUGUAGUUAACUAGCUCGCGUACCGUUUCCACAAUGCAGGAUCUCGAACUGUUGUCUAAAGUGUUUGAAAUACUGAAGUCCGAAAAAGUGUUCGAUUCAUCGUCCGAGGAUAUAAUUUUUCCGUUUAAAGAUCCUGAUAGUCUGAAGAGUAUCCUGAAUCUGGAGCUAAGCAAUGGUUCACCAAAGCUGAACUCCUCUACCCAGGAAGAUGUUUUACGGAAAAUCGUUCGCUACUCGAUUAAGACCGCUCACCCAAACUAUCACAACGAGAUGUACGCUGGGCCGGAUUGGUUAGGGUUGGCAGCCUCGUGGGCAACUGAUGCACUGAAUGCUUGCCAGUUUACCUAUGAAGCCGCACCGGUGUUCUCGUUGGUGGAAUCGUUCACCUUGGAAUACUUUUUGAAACUUUGUGGCUUCGAUGGUGGCGAAGGAGUUUUCUCCCCUGGUGGAUCGAUGACCAAUAUGUACGCUAUUGCUAUGGCAAGACAUAAGUUAGUUCCUGGUAUCAAAAGGCAUGGAAUGUAUGGCCAACAAAAGUUGAUAGUGUUCACUUCAGAAGACUCUCACUACAGUGUCACGAAGAGCGUCAACUGGUUGGGCCUGGGCGAGGAGAACGUGCUGAAAAUUAAAACAGACGACACGUCCCGUAUCGAUACGGUCGAGCUGGAAGCGGCAGUUGUGGCCUCGAUUGCCGAAGGAUCGAAACCACUAGUCGUGUCGGUGACGGCCGGGACCACGGUAUUCGGUGCGUUCGAUGAUUUGAAUCGCGUUGCCGACAUUUGCCAGCAGCACGGGAUCUGGCUGCACGUUGAUGCAUCGUGGGGUGGCGCAGCAAUUUUCUCCGAACGUCAUAAACCACUGCUCGCCGGGCUAGAGCGUGCAGAUUCCGUAUCUUUGUGUCCGCAGAAGAUGCUCGGAGCUCCCUUGCAGUGUGCGAUGUUCCUGAUGAAGCACUCCGGAUUGCUGGUGGGUUGUAACGCGUCGUGUGCAGAGUAUUUGUUCCAGAUCGAUAAAUACUACGACAUCUCGUAUGACACGGGUGACAUGAGUGUUCAAUGCAGCAGAAAGAUUGACUCGUUCAAAUUAUGGUUCAUGCUGAAGGCACGAGGCUCCAACUGGUUCGGUGCUUCCGUUGACAAUGCGAUGAGUUGUGCAGCGUAUUUCCAUGCAGCGAUCGCCACAAAUAUCUUCUUCAAACCCGUCCGUUCGGAGUAUCAAUUUACAAAUGUUUGCUUUUGGUUCAUUCCGAAACGACUCCAGUUGAGCUCUCCCGCUGAAGAAACCAAGGAGUGGUGGGCUGAAGUCUACAAGGUCACACUGGCUUUGAAGGAGAAGAUGGUGAAGAAAGGAAGCUUAAUGGUUAGCUAUUCAUCUUAUCCUCAGAAGAAUUUGGGAAACUUCUUCCGACUGGUGGUAAAAUGCGUUCCAGAGCCAACAAUUGCAAGAAUGGACUUUGUCAUCUCGGAAAUGAUAGCUCUGGGCUAUGAUAUGUAAGGCAGCGUCCAUUUAUUACGUAACGCUAAAAUCGAUAUAUUUAGACCCCCCUCCCCCCCUCCGUAACGCUUUUUUGUAUGAAAUUCUUAAUUUUUUUGUAUGGACCGUGACGCUUGGUCGUACUCCCUCCCCUCCCCCUAGAGCGUUACGUAAUUUAUGGACGGCGCCUAAUGUACGGCUAGAACAUUAUUUGCACAUAAGUGUGAGCUGAAUAAAUCACUUAUUCAGAACCAUGAGCGCUGACCUGCAGCGAUUGAUUGACCUUUAUCGAUAUUCUAUUUUGUUUAUAUCAGUGAUCCCUAAAAUGGGUGAAAUCAUCUUCUAGGGAAGCAACCUACAUCGAAGGGAGUAAAAAUUCAAAAAACUCGUAAUUGUGGGGCAAAAACUCCAACAAGGGAUCGAUUCCAAAAACCUGUGAAUAGUUGAAACCCUUAGAGCUUUAGGUUGGAAGUUAAACAUAAAUAAUAAGUAAAUGAUGGAAAUGAUUUUUGUGUGCAAAUAGUUUUGGGGUCACUAACUUGUAAAAUAAUGAGAACUGAUUUUCACGCGAUUUAAAAGAUUAAAAUGUUGUUUUGGAAGCCCAUACCCUGCUCAAAAUAUAUUCCGAGGGCAACAUCCGCUUGCCUGUGAGUUCGAGCUCAUUCUCACAAUUCUUCGGCGCGUACUAUUUUUAGCAGGCAAUAAUAUCAUAACGGAUUUGUUUGUUUUGUUUACCAUCUUCGAAGGCAAACUAGUCAUUACGCAAUACCAAUGCAUGUAGGUAUGCGCAUAAAUUGUAAGCACAUAAAAUCCGACGGUAACUACACUAGGUCUCAACCUUGUCUCUCAUACCUAUGUAGCUUUUACAUCUGUUUCAGUUCGUCUGUUUAACUACUUGUUGCGUUCCGAGUUCUUUACUCGUUUGUUUUGAUUAUGGUCCCCACCCACAUUCAACGACUGCUGUUCGCUAAUGAACCCUACAUCCCGACAUAAACAAAAACCGGCGUCAUCAUCCUGUGGGUCGGCGCGGCGGGUUGCUCCCGUCUCUUAGUGAUUGGGUGUUUGAGUCAACCAUAAUUAGUACCCUUCACUUAGUUCAAAUAUGUAUAGUAUAAGUGGAUGUAAGGAUAGCGGAAUAUGUUUUCUAUGUUCGUCUUUGGAUUUUGAAACUGAUGAUUAUCUAAUUGAAUGAUACUGUUCCUAUUGUAUGUCUAUUUUUUGUGAAUGUAAUUUCAAAUUCUGAUUUUCACGUUUUAAUCCUAUAAAACCAUAUUAUACAGAUUUUUAUUAUUCCAUACCAUUAUGAGAACUCAGCGAAAAGUGAUAAAACAAUGGAAAAUAGACAUAAUACAAUGGUACAAUCAAAGUUCCAGUUCAAAUGCAAUCCUCGGUAUAGUUUUUGUUUGUCAUUUUAUUUUGCUUGGGAUAGUGUAUGUGCAGAAAGGAAAGGAGUUGACCAUUGGGUUGCCUUAUGUAUCGACCAGCGAGGUUAAGCACAAGUAGCUACUUUUCUUUCGUCGUAAGUUGGAGAUGUGUCUGCGCAACUCCCCACAAUAUGUGUAUGGCGAACAAUGUCGAUUUUAGCGUUAUGUUAUGUAUUAAAUGUAUGCAGCCCAAUAGAAGAAAUUCGAAAAGUUAAAAGUUGGAGGUUUUUUAAAGAGGGAGUACGAAGUGGACUACAGAUCUCUGCCGUUUUUUGUAAAUAGAAGAUUGAGUCACCUACGUUGUCUCUAUAUCGGCUGAAACGCGAUGCAUAGGAGGUCCACGAUACUAUGUGGAUCAACCCCAAGUACUCCAAACCACAGGACGAAAUUAACGUUGAGGUAGUUGCGGUUAAAAGUACCAUGUGUCUCCAUUUCGUGCGCCAACCCAAGGUGGCAGUUGAGGAUAGCAGUGGUGCAGUGCUGCAGGAGAAGUGCUCCUACGAUAAGGUUAGGUUAAUAAUCUAGGUCAGGUUAAUAAAGGAGGUGGAGAUAGAAUUAGUAGAACGAGAAAUACAGAUUGUAGCACCGAAUAAUGUGUUGUACGUGAA